AUGGGGUGGCUCGUGUUGUGUUUCUGUGACCCAAACUGCUCCCCCGUCCCCUCCUGGCCAAAUCACACACCCCCCCCCUUUAUUGCUCACCCCCUUUUCCUCUCCUCCCCAGCCAAGAAGAAGAACAAGAAGGGGAAGACCCUGACCCUGACGGAUUUUUUGGCAGAGGAUGGCGGCGGCGGCGGGGCCCCCACUUACAUCCCCAAACCUGUCAGCUGGGCCGAUGAGACAGACGACCUGGAGGGAGAUGUUUCCACCACCUGGCACAGCAAUGACGAUGACGUUUACCGGGCGCCCCCCAUCGACCGCUCCCUCCUGCCCACGGCCCCGCGGGCUGCUCGGGAGCCCAACAUCGACAGGAGCCGCCUCCCGAAAUCCCCCCCGUACACUGCCUUUUUGGGAAACCUCCCCUACGACGUGACCGAGGAGUCCAUCAAGGACUUCUUCAGGGGACUUAAUAUCAGCGCUGUGCGGUUGCCGCGGGAGCCCACCAAUCCCGAGCGGUUGAAAGGUUUUGGCUACGCCGAAUUCGAAGACAUCGACUCCUUGUUCCAGGCGCUGAGCCUCAAUGAGGAG